UUGGAUUCGGGUUCGGAAUUAGUUGGCAUAGAGCUGGCGAGGCGUACGGACGCUCCGACACUUGGCUCCCUGAUAAGUAAUUGUACAAGAGCCUUGCUUGGGCGACGGUUACGGUUGUGGUUUCGUUUUCGGUGGUCACUAAAGAUAUAUUGAAAUGAGUGCCCUCAUAUUUCUGUGCGCGACUCUAAUUGGCUUCGUGAUUUAUUCACUUAUCAGCUCGGUGCGGCGUCCCAAGAACUUUCCCCCAGGUCCUGGUUUUCUUCCAUGGCUGGGAAACACCUUACAGUUCCGUAAGGAGGCCCGUGCCGUUGGCGGCCAGCACAUCCUGUUCGAGCGGUGGGCGAAGCACUUCCGCAGCGACCUGGUGGGUCUGAAGCUGGGCAGCGAGUACGUGGUGGUUGCCCUAGGAUACGACAUGGUCAAGGAGGUGCAGCUGCAGGAGGUGUUCGAGGGACGCCCCGAUAACUUCUUCCUGCGCCUCCGUACCAUGGGAACCCGGAAGGGAAUCACCUGCACGGACGGACAGCUGUGGUACGAGCACCGCCACUUCGCCAUGAAGCAGAUGCGCCAUGUGGGCUACGGACGCAGCCAGAUGGAGCACCACAUCGAGCUGGAGGCGGAGGAGCUGUUGGGCCAGCUGGAGGGCACAGAGGAGCAGCCCGUCGAGCCGGUUACCUGGCUGGCUCAGAGUGUGCUCAACGUGCUGUGGUGCCUGAUAGCCGGAAAGAGGAUCGCCAGCCAGGAGGAUGGCACUCUGCGACGCCUGCUCGACCUGAUGAAUCGGCGCUCCAAACUGUUCGACAUCUGCGGCGGCCUGCUGGCCCAGUUUCCCUGGCUGCGCCACGUGGCCCCCGAUCGCACUGGCUACAAUCUCAUCCAGCAGCUGAAUACCGAGCUGUACGGCUUCUUCAUGGACACCAUCGAGGAGCACCGUCGACAGCUGGCAAAGGACCCAUCGCAGGCGGAUAACGACCUUAUCUUUGCCUACCUCCAGGAGAUGAAGGAUCGCAGUGCUGGCGGCGAGAGCAGCAGCUUCAACGAGACGCAGCUGGUGAUGACCAUCUUGGAUUUCUUUAUUGCAGGCUCACAGACCACCAGCAAUACGAUUAACCUGGCCCUUAUGGUGCUGGCCAUGCGACCGGAUGUUCAGGAGAAGCUGUACGCCCAGGUGACCGCCAGUGUGGCUGCAGCCAGCUCGGAUGCCUUCCCCCACUUGAGCCGGCGGGAGUCGUUUGACUACAUGGAUGCCUUCAUCAUGGAGGUGCAGCGUUUCUUCCACAUCACACCGAUCACCGGUCCCCGGCGAGCUUUGUGGCCGACCAAGCUGGGUGGCUACGACAUUCCCAAGAAUGCCACCAUUCUGAUCAGCCUGCGUUCCGUGCACCUGGACAAGGAGCACUGGAAGGAUCCUCUGGAGUUCCGCCCGGAGAGGUUUAUCGAUUCAGCUGGCAAGUGCUUCAAGGACGAGUACUUCAUGCCCUUUGGUCUGGGCAGACGUCGUUGCCUGGGUGAUGCUCUCGCUCGCGCCUGCAUUUUCUCGUUUCUGGUGAGGAUUGUGCAGCAUUUCAGCAUCGUCCUGCCGGCGGACGAGACUCCAUCGAUGGUUCUUCUGCCCGGAAUCACGCUGACUCCGAAACCCUACAAGGUGCAGUUCGUGAAGCGCACCUAAGUGCAUCACUCGAUUCUACGGUGUCGGUAAAAAUAUUGGAUAUAUUUCGGUGUUUAGUUAAUGACAGAGAGAUGGUGCUGUAAAAUUUACCCUAAGAUAUUCCCGAGGAUUUCGAAAAUUAACUAAUAAACGAGAUUGUAAUAAAUUUAUUAGAUUCGAUUUGAAAAUGUGUUGUGUCGUUCUCAAAAAGGCGAGCGUUUACUGGAUAGUUGUGGUCUAGUUGUUCUUUAUUGAUGUGCCCUCUAAAUUAAGUUACAAUGUUUCAUAAUUUAAUCAAAUUUACAUUCGGCAAAAUGUAACAAAAUCAAAUAAAAACGUUUUAAUUUAAUCGUUAUCAAUAUCGUAAA